CUUAUUAGCCACAACGAACCCAAAGGUUUAAGAAGGGUUUAUAAAGUCGGUUUCCUAUAGAAAUAUCCUGUUCCCCUAUUUUCUCGUCUUACUUAUUUACAUUUCAGUCUCAUGAAUAUCUGCACUUCUAUUAAUCCAUCAAUUUGUUUCUCUACUGUAUUAUUUCUUCAUUACAACACUAUUUCCUACACAAAAAUUCUUGAACACUUUGAUGUCCAGCACUAAAACCCCCAUUUCCCUCACAAUUAAAUUUAACCAAUUUACUGAUUUAGAAACAAACCCAUAUCAGAAUUCAUCUAUUAUGUGGAGAAACAUAGUCAAACAGUUCUCUUCAAGAACCCCACAAAAGCUUCUUCUUAACUCCAACAAUCGUACUUAUAGCUUUCUUGGUUUUAGCCAAGAUUCUAUUUUUAAAGAUAAAACAAAAUUAAGAUCAUUUAUCCCUGUUUCUUGUUCAAAUAGUGGAUUUCCUGAAAUGGGGUUUCAGAAUCUUGGUGAAUUUUUACCUGGGGAUGAGUUUUUAAAUAGACCCUUAUUGUAUGCUAUGAAAUGUCAAGAAUUUUGUCGAAAGAACUAUGCUAGUGUAGCUGAGGCUGAAGCAGCAUCUUCCACUGAUGCUGAGGAAGACACAAAAGAUGUGUCUGUAGUUGGUGAAGUUCAAGAAUUGUUAACAGAAUUUAAGAAAGAAGAGAAAAAACAGUUUGAUUUUAAGCGGCGAAAGCAAAGGAUGUUGACUAGUGGUAUGGGCCAUAGGAAGUAUAACUCACUUAAGAGGAGGCAAGUUAAAGUAGAGACAGAGGCAUGGGAACUAGCAGCAAAGGAGUAUAGGGAGCUUUUGUUUGAUAUGUGUGAGCAGAAAUUAGCACCCAAUUUGCCAUAUGUUAAGUCAUUGUUUUUAGGAUGGUUUGAGCCAUUGCGCGAUAAGAUAGCCGAGGAACAGGAAUUUUGUAGUCAAGGGAAGAGUAAAGCAGCUUAUUCCAAGUAUUUUCACCAGUUACCUGCAGAUAUGAUGGCGGUUAUCACUAUGCAUAAGUUGAUGGGAUUGUUGAUGACAGGCGGCGACCAUGGUACUGCAAGAGUGGUACAAGCUGCGCUUGUUAUUGGUGAUGCAAUUGAACAGGAGGUUAGAAUACACAAGUUCUUAGAGAAAUCAAAGAAGCAUAAAGCCGAGAAAGAUACAAAAAUGGAAGAUGGAGAGCAUGUCACUCAAGAACAAGAGAAACUACGCAAGAAAGUCACUAGUCUAAUGAAAAAACAGAAGUUGCGUGCAGUGAACCAGAUAGUGAGAAGUCAAGACGAUUCAAAGCCCUGGGGCCAAGAUGCUAAAGCAAAGGUUGGAAGCCGUUUAAUUGAGUUGCUUCUACAGACAGCUUAUAUACAGUCUCCUGCUGAUCAGUUAGCAGUUGAUCCACCUGACAUUCGACCUGCCUUUGUACACAGUGUUAGAACUGUAUCCAAAGAAACAAAGAGUGCGAGCAGAAGAUAUGGUAUUAUCCAAUGUGAUCAACUGGUUUUCAAAGGGCUUGAAAAAACUGCCAGACACGUGGUGAUACCUUACAUGCCAAUGUUGGUGCCUCCAGUGAAGUGGACUGGUUAUGACAAAGGUGGACACCUCUAUCUGCCUUCGUAUGUGAUGCGGACACACGGAGCAAGACAACAACGUGAAGCAGUAAAGAGAGCCUCCCGGAACCAGUUGCGACAAGUUUUUGAGGCUCUUGAUACUCUGGGAAGUACCAAAUGGAGGAUCAACAAAAGGGUACUUUCUGUUGUUGAUAGAAUAUGGGCUGGUGGCGGUCGUCUGGCUGAUUUGGUUGACCGUGAUGAUGUCCCUUUGCCAGAAGAACCAGAUACGGAAGAUGAGGCAGUACGCACAAAGUGGAGGUGGAAAGUAAAAUCUGUCAUGAAAGAGAACAGAGAAAGGCACUCACAACGAUGUGACACCGAGCUUAAACUUGCUGUAGCACGUAGAAUGAAAGAUGAAGAAGGUUUCUUCUACCCGCACAACGUUGAUUUCCGAGGUCGUGCAUACCCCAUGCAUCCGCAUUUAAACCAUCUUGGUUCUGAUAUCUGUCGGGGUGUCCUGGAGUUCGCAGAAGGUCGUCCUCUUGGAGAAUCGGGCUUGCGCUGGUUGAAGAUACAUCUUGCAAAUUUAUUUGCUGGUGGUGUGGAUAAAUUAUCUCUUGAGGGCAGAAUAGCUUUUACUGAAAAUCACUUGGAUGAUAUAUUUGAUUCUGCUGACAAACCGCUCGAAGGAAGACGCUGGUGGUUGAAUGCAGAGGAUCCCCUUCAGUGCCUGGCUGCAUGCAUUAAUCUUAGUGAAGCUGUCAGAAGCUCAUCCCCAGAGACGAUGAUUUCUCAUCUUCCUGUGCACCAGGAUGGUUCCUGCAAUGGUUUACAACAUUAUGCUGCCCUUGGAAGAGAUAAGUUGGGAGCUGCUGCAGUCAAUUUGGUUGCUGGAGAAAAACCUGCUGAUGUUUACUCUGGCAUAGCAGCUAGGGUCCUUGAUAUUAUGAAAAGAGAUGCACAGAGAGAUCCUGAAGAAUUUCCAGAUGCUGUGCGUGCAAAGGUUUUAGUUAAUCAGGUUGACAGGAAGUUGGUGAAGCAGACGGUGAUGACAUCAGUCUAUGGUGUCACUUACAUUGGUGCUCGUGAUCAAAUAAAGAGGAGGUUAAAGGAGCGUGGAGCAAUUGCUGAUGAUUCUGAGCUGUUUGGUGCUGCUUGCUAUGCUGCAAAAGUCACAUUAACUGCAUUAGGAGAGAUGUUUGAAGCUGCGCGCAGCAUCAUGACUUGGCUUGGAGAAUGUGCUAAGAUAAUUGCUUCUGAAAAUGAACCAGUCAGAUGGACAACUCCUCUUGGACUUCCUGUUGUUCAACCUUACCGCAAAAUUGGAAGGCAUCUUAUUAAGACUUCUUUACAAAUUUUGACUUUGCAACGCGACACAGAAAAGGUAAUGGCCAAGAGGCAAAGGACAGCUUUUCCGCCAAAUUUCAUUCACUCCCUUGAUGGUUCACAUAUGAUGAUGACUGCUGUUGCAUGCAGAAGGGCAGGAUUAAAUUUUGCAGGUGUUCAUGACUCGUAUUGGACGCAUGCAUGCGAUGUUGAUAAGUUGAACAUGAUAUUGAGAGAAAAGUUUGUAGAGCUUUAUGAAACGCCAGUUCUUGAGAAAUUGUUGGAGAGCUUCCAAAUUUCCUAUCCUACAUUGUCAUUCCCGCCUUUGCCUGAACGUGGGGACUUUGAUUUGAGAGAUGUCCUAGAAUCUCCCUAUUUCUUCAAUUGAUUGGGUUCAUGAGUAGCCUUCAUACUCACACCCUUGACGUACUAAAACUGGCCAGUGUGUUCUUGUGCUUUCAAAUGCCAUAAUGGGGAAGAUGAUGAAAAGUUUGUGCUACUACAUAGCAUUCGGUGAGAUGCAGGUUCUGCUGUAUAUAUAAAAGUGGUCAGCAUCUUAAACCCCGGAUGCUCUGGUUCUCUUCUUGAUCGUGUAGCCUGCACUCCCUAGUGCACCUGGGGCAUAAGUUUCCAGUCCAAGCUUGUAUGCAAUGAGAAGACAGAUUUCCCGACCUGUUUCUAACAGAUUAUGGAGAAUAUGUUCCAAGAAAGCUUGUUGAGAAAUAUAAAUGAUCGCUGUAGGGUCUAAACUCUACCGCAGAAGCUUUUGAGGUGCAAGGAUAGAAAUGAUCUCCAGAUUUUGCAGGCUGUUCGCUUGUAUCUCUGGUCAGGUGAUAUUCUUUGUAUUUUCAAAUUGUAAAUAGAAAUUUUUUUUGCUUUAACUGAUAAUGUGAAAUUUGCAAGCUUCGAGGCAUGCGUUUGAGAUUAUAAGAUGUAUAGUAGUUGAGAAAAUAUUGUCACAAGAUGUUCUGGUGGUGAAUUCUGUAUUUUGAUGCUAACAAAAUCUGUUUAUAUCUUCUGCAUAUAGAUGCUACAAUAUCUUUUUUUAUCUAAAAGUUAUCCGGAUCUCGCAUUUAUGUAUCAGUCUAAGACGCGAUUCAAAGCCAGUGAGAGUUCAGACGAUCAAGAACGACUCCUUUUCUUUACAGUAGCUUUAGGUAAUUUCUUGAAUAAAUGUCUAGGUGCUUCAAAGUUCUCUUGUGUGUUAAUUUAGUAGGAGUAUCUUUUAUGUGUAAACAUAAAGAUUUCUCGAGAAAAAAAUAUAUAAAACAAAGAAUAAAUUUGUAAAGAGUUACUGGCUACAAAGCCAAUUGACCUGUAAUUGUAUGCAAAUGGUACCAUGUGAAUGUUCUUUCUUUC